AAACAAAAACAUUUCAUUUCCCGAUUGUCUCUCUCACUCGGUCACACUUGCAACACAUUUCACACACUUUUCCAGAGCUACGAUUCUCUGCAAUCAUGGCCACCGUACAACUCGAAUCCUUCUCCCUUAUUCGCUCUCCUAUCGUCGCUUCUUCUCGCCGGAGCACUGCCACGUUUCCUCCAUACACCGGCCUCAAGCUCCGACCAGUCUCCGCCACUCGUUUGCGGAGUCAAUCCACCGGUAGAGUUUUUCCUCGCGGCGGAACCGUCGUGUGUGAGGCUCGUGAUACCACAGCUGUUGAAGUGGCUUCUAUUACUGAUGGAAAUUGGCAAUCCCUUGUCAUAGAAUCUGAGACUCCUGUGUUGGUCGAAUUCUGGGCUCCAUGGUGUGGUCCCUGCCGCAUGAUUCAUCCCAUAAUUGAUGAGCUAGCAAAGGAAUAUGCGGGUAAGCUCAAGUGUUACAAACUCAACACUGAUGAAAGUCCUUCAGUUGCUACUCGGUAUGGGAUUCGAAGUAUUCCAACUGUCAUUUUCUUCAAGAACGGUGAAAAGAAAGAUACAGUUAUUGGUGCUGUGCCAAAAGCAACAUUGACCACAAAUAUAGAAAAAUUCCUGUGAGAUGGCAGACAAAGAAGGCUUCAGCUGGAAGUAAAGUUAUUUUUCCCAUUAGCGACAUAUCAUCAAGCCAAUUAUCUCAAGUUUGGAUGAUUUGCUUUCUUAAAUAAUCGUUUAUGGUGUUGUAUAGUUAUGGGAUGCUUCCAUAUUGUGGUUUUUUUUAGAUGAUUAUAGUCACCAAUAUGAUGCCUUUAAAGUUUUCUGCUCUAUUUUAGCAAGUUGAUAUCCAUCUGACAUCGUUGACA